AUGUCCAGGUCAGACUACCCUCCGGGGUACAAUGACUCCCAUGGCCUGCUGUACGGCCCUCAGGGUGGGAACCAGCCCCCUCCCCCUGCCUAUGGCUUCCCCUCCUACGGUGGAUCCCCGCAAGGAUUCCCCUCUGCCCCCUACCCCGGUGGACCAAAUGCACCUCCAUACCCGGGCCAGCCAGGAGGAUACCCCCCUGGCCCGUACCCAGGACAGCCUCACCCUGCUGGCGCUCCAGGAGCCGGCUACCCCAGUCACCCCCCCAUGCCCCCACCUGUCAUCCCGCCUACCAUCCCAUCAGACGUCCUGAGCUCAGAUGAUGACGGGUUCGCGGCAAGAGACAGCGGUUGGGACAGUCUGAGUGUCCGGCAUUCCUUCAUCAGAAAGGUGUAUAUGAUUUUGGCGUCCCAGCUCCUCGUCACCACGGCCAUCGUGGCUAUAUUCACAUUUGUUGAACCUGUCAGAUAUUUUGUACAGAGAAACCAAGCCGUCUACUGGGCAUCAUUCGCCGUGUAUUUCAUCACCCACAUGGUGCUGGUCUGCUGCAAGGGGCCCCGGAGGAAGCACCCAUGGAACGUCAUUCUGCUGCUGAUCUUUACUCUGGCCAUGUCCUACAUGACUGGAGCCAUAGCCAGCCACUACGAUACAAAAGCAGUGUUUCUUGCCCUGGCUAUCACUGCCAUCGUCUGCAUCGUCGUCACUGUCUUCUGUUUCCAGACAAAGGUUGACUUCACCAAGUGCCAAGGCCUGUUCUGUGUGCUAGGGAUUGUUAUGCUUGUGACCGGCAUCAUUACAGCCAUUGUGCUUUCUUUCAAAUAUAUUCCCUGGCUUCACAUGCUUUACGCGGCUAUGGGGGCGAUAGUCUACACCCUGUUCCUGGCAUACCACACACAGCUGCUGAUAGGCAACAGGAAGCACUCCAUCAGUCCAGAGGAGUACGUGUUCGCCGCGCUCUCCAUCUACGUGGACAUUGUCCAGAUCUUCAUUUUCCUGCUGCAGAUCAUCGGCGCUGCCUCGAAGUAACACAGGGAAACACGGCCGGCCUGGGUCAACAGGGUACAGACAUGCACCCUACUGCAAAACCAUUCCACGCCCUUUGUGAAACCUUUGCUUUGUUUUCAGUUUUAGUUUAGAAGGAGUAGUUAGCUGGCAGGGAAAACUGUAGGAGGUGAUAGAAGUUUUUUUUUUUUUUUUUGCAGAGGAUCACCAGUAGCCAGCGAGCACUAGUGAUGAUGCAAACGCCAGUACUGAUCAAGAAAUUAGAAAGCUGUACUUGCCUCGGCUGACAACAUAGCUUGUGAUAGUAAUUACGUUAGCCUUUAUACUGUAUGUUGUCAGUCAAAUCAGAAUUAAUGAAAUCAUGAAGUGCUUCAGGGGAAAAGGGCUAAGGGUCAAUUUGACAGUAUGACAUAUUAUUGGUCAUUCCUAUGCACAUAUAAUGCACUUUUUUCCUCAAAUCUACAACCUUCAUUUCUUCAUUAUGCAACUUAUUUGUGGUUCACAAAUAGAUAAAAAUACUAAUACCAUAAUAAAUAAUAUCCGUUGACACUGGAACGCCCAGCUGCAACAUUUAACCAGUUACUCGCUGGCCAAAUGUUAAGGCGGACCGUGUCUGCACAUUUUCUCACCGUGAAUUCAGAUGUGUGUCUUAAAGCUGGGGCUUGAAGAGAAAAUAUUUGGUCAAUACCGCAAACACAAAUUUGCAAGCAGGGAAGCCAGCUCCAAGGUUACGUCUGAAUGUGACCCUGAGAUGCAGCCCCAGCGCUCUAGAGGGAAGAAAUUGGUCUGAAUGCGCGGUGUGUCUCCUCUCCUUACACCUAACGACAGCCUGACGUCUGCGAAUGUGUCCUGGGUUCAUGUAAACAAGCUUCUGCUGAAGGUCUUCAAUACAUGUGUUGCUAUAUAAUAGCCAUAUUUAUAUACACCGCUACUGUCUUUACAAAGUUACUGAAGUGUAAUUUUAUAACUAUGAGAUGUACAGGGUUAUACUCAUCUGGCUUUUUUUGUAUUGUGACAUUCUUAUUUGUCGCCACAAACACUUGUUUAUACACUUGUUAGAAACAUACCUGGGUCAAACAGUAUUCACCAAUACACACUGCGUUUUUUUUUUUUUUUUUUAAAAUCAUACACAAGUGCCAUUACUGUGGGUUUUGCCACAUUGGACAGCACAAUUGGAAAGGACCGUUAGACCUUAGGAACAUGUUUGAAAGUCCAUUUUGUAAAGUUUCCAUUUCACCUGACACUAUCAUACCUGCACUGCAGUCGCCAAGAAUUAUCUGAAACUACGAUUUGACCCAAGUGUGUUUAAAAACCGAUUGAAACCAAAGUCACUUGUACGCCAAGAUUCACAACAACCAUGUGAGACAUUUUGUACAUAAGUGAAGCCAGUCAGUCGGAAUACUGGCUUGUAGAUAUACAUAUCACUGCUGUGGGAGAUCUGUUAGCCUUUUCUUAUCAAAUAAAGACUUUUAUUUGUGAGUGUG